CACAACAACGACAGCCACCGCCACGCCCAUCUUCCCUUGCCUUGCUCACACCAAAGGCAUCCUCCCCAUCCAUCCUCUUCCCUUAUUAAAACGAGGAGCCCAUCUCACUCAGCUCCGUCCGCAUCAGCUCCAUCGCCAUUAAUCAUCCUCCGCACGUCAUAAGAAGUGACAAGCAGCAGCAGCAGCCAUGGGCAAGAAGCUCGCCUUUGCCUCCCUCUUCUUUUCUGGCGGCAGCGUCGAUUCCGCCGCCACCGAGAGCCUAUCGCCUCCCUACUCUCCUCCGCCGUCCGUUUCCGCCGUGUCCUCCGGCAGCACGGCCGCCUCCUGGCAAUGGCCCUCCUGCGCGCAGGCCAGGACCGCGUCCUUCGACGGCCGCAGCAGCGUGGAGGCGGAGGCGUCGUCGUCGGCGUGGGCGCGCCGGGACUGCUGCAGGACGACCCGCGUGAUCACGAACCCGGCCUACUGCGACGACGACACGGCCGACAGCUCCUUCUUCUCCGCCACGGGCUCGUCCUCGGCUUCCACUGCGGCGCCGGAGCCGGAGCCCUCGGUCGAGGAGGCGGUAAUCCGCGGGAUCCGGGCGUCGAGCCGGCUCUUCUUCGAGCCCGAGGCGACGAAAUCCAUCGUGACGACGAGCAAGCUGGCGUUCGGUGGGGCGACGGCGCUGGCCAUCGACUCCGCGGACCCGUACGGCGACUUCCGGCGGUCCAUGGAGGAGAUGGUGCUGAGCCGCGGCGGCGGCAGGGGCGAGGACGACUGGGGGUGGCUGGAGGAGAUGCUGGGGUGGUACCUCCGCGCCAACGGCAAGAAGACCCACGGCCUCAUCGUCGGCGCCUUCGUCGACCUGCUCGUCGGCCUCUCCGCCGUCAACAACAAGCAGAGCGGCCGGUGCUAGCUAGGAUCAUCUAAUACCAUGCGUGCGUGCAAUGCGAUUGCUUACGGAAGAAAUUCUGCCACACCAUUGUCCGAUCCAUUGGUGGCAUCAGCAAUUCGAUCGAGUCGAGCGAGAGGUGUAUGCAUGUGUUGUGUUUGUUUGAGAGCAUAUGCGUGUCUGUAGUAUAUGUAUUCUAGACGUUGACUGUUCAAUUAUUUGAUGAU